AAGCAAAAAAAGCAAAUGAGGCAAUGUUUGUGUGUCUUUGCACUAGGAAGCAAAGCGCGCUGAGAAGAUGUCGUCUAAGUUGACCUAGUGCAGACAAAGACAAGACUAGCAGAUAAGCAAGUCGAACGGCAGCAGAUGGGAAUUUGUUGUUGGCAUGGAUAGUAUUUAAACCAAAUAUGUAAACGCUUCUUGAUAAUGUUUCGGUAUAUGAAGUAGAAUAGUGGGUUUGAUGUUGAUUGUGAUUGUGCGUCGGGACCAUGUAUUGUUUGUGCACUAAGGAGAUCUCUGAAUGCACUGCAGGUCCGAGCACAACCCAACAUCGCUGUCACCAAUCAACUCCUGUGCCGCCACUCUCAGAGGACGCAGCAACAGAAAAAGACGCAGCUUUUUUUCAGCUGCACCAUCCAGCCUUUUCCGUCCCUCUGGAUUACUCCCUCUACCCCCUUGUAUACGAUGCCCCCCUUCAACUGGAUGGUACUGGUAGUUCUCGCGACCAUCAUCGCAGACCAUGUCCUGGAAGCAGUAUGGGUGUGCAAGCCAUGCGAGACUCUGGGUGAAUGUGAGGAGGAUCCCGUUGAUUACUGCGUAUGGGGAGAGGUACUUUUUAAUAGUGGUACCGAAGGUUUCUCAAUCUCAAAAACCACUUCAAAUGACUAUUGUACCAUAUAACGAUUUUUAAGAGGUGCGAGAUGCCUGCAACAGGCGAGUCUGCGCCAAAGGCCCUGGAGAACGAUGCGGAGGUUCCUUGAACGUCUUGGGUCAAUGCGGAGAAGGCAUGAUGUGCAAGAACGACAUCUGCCACGGCUGCUCGAUACAGACGAUGCAAUGCCACAACAGUUAACCGCUCCCUGCCACUAUUUAUUGGCCGCCCCAUUAGAUGACGUCACGUGCCGCCCCUUUUGACCGUCCCUCGUCUCCGCCUAUGGCAGCGGACCGACGGGCAGAUUUGUAUAUGUGAUCUCAAUCCUGCUUUCAGUAUUAAGACUAAAAAAAGUGUAGGAUGUAAUUUUUUAUUGUUAUUAUGUCGGUAUUUGUUGCAAGAUGAUGCGAUGUUGGGAAUAAUAUAUAAGUAGAUGAAUUUUA